AUCACGGCCAGACUCCAAAGCCAUCAUCUGUCAGCUCUACAUUUCAUUUCAUUUGAGUUUCAAUUUCAAUCUCCGGAACAAACAAUCCAAGUGAAUCACGUUUCUCAGAAUCAGAAGUCGCCACCUUUCUCUCUCUCUCUCUCCAUCUAUUGUUAUCGUUGGAUGUUUCUAAGUUUCUGCAAAUUGGAUUUCAAUGGCGAGAGCUACUCGAGACGCAAUCGAGACGUUUACAAGCAUCACUGGUGCAUCCGAGGCUCUGGCUGUGCAGAGACUGGAGGAACAUGGUGGUGAUCUCAAUGAAGCUGUCAAUGCACAUUUUAGCUCAGGAGACAGAAAUACAACACGACGAACACCUGUCGCAGAAUCUCAAAAUGAUUUCAUGGAUGUAGAUGAUCCAUUCGGAUUUGAAACACAGGGACCUCCUUUACCACUUCUAUCUGCUGCUAGAAACUUGAACCCGUUCCCAAUUAUUGACUCCACUUUUCCUAGAAGUCUCUUUGAAAACAGGGGUGCUUCCGAGUUCUCCAGCCAUGCACCAUUUGUUUCACAUCCAAGGGAUGUUCGGGAGAUCCCCAUAGAGGUCAAGGAUGGAAAUGACCAGCCCGGUCAUUCUGGAUCCAAUCCUACUAUUGAAGAUGUUACUGGAGUUGCAUAUACCCAUGGUCCUGAAAUCCAUGGACAUGUCAUAGUUGAUGAUGAAGAGGAUGAAGGUCCUCCGAUUGAUCCUCCUGCACAUACUCCUGGUCAGAAUGAAAGAGAAACUAGCUUUUCGGGUGAGAAUCAUUAUCAAGCCCAUGUCCCAAGUGCUCCAAAUGUUGGCAGUGACUACAGUAAUGAUAUAGAAGAAGAGAUGGUCCGAGCUGCCAUUGAAGCUUCAAAGCGAGAGGCUGAAGAGGGGUACCCAAACCAGCAAUUUGGUGCUACUAAUGACUCAUCCGGAAUACAUACUGAGCUUGCACAGGCAGUUUCAUUGUCAUUAAAGACGGCAGAGCAAGAGAAAGCACGGCGUGAGCAAGGGGUGUCAAUUGGAGCUACUCAACAGCAUGAUUUUAGUUCAUCUGAUGUAGGAGAGUUGGGAAAACUGCCAUCAGCAAAUGGGAGGCAAGGAUUUAGUUCUUUUGGCAAGGGAACAUCAAGUCAAUUUAAGACGGAGGCAGGAAGUUCAUCUGUGCAGGAUGAAGCUAAGGAUGUAGAGGAGCAGCCAUUGGUUAAGCACAGGUCCAGACGUGUUUCUUCUGGAUCUGUGGAAUCUGCCAGAGAUGUUGGAGAAAUGAUGGACAGCCCCCCAUCACGUCCUAGACGGCAUGAUGUUGGUACUGAUCGGCAGCGCACUGGGGAUACCUUUCAGUCUGAUGAAUGGGGAGGCAUAUCUUCAGAGGAACAUGAUGAAGCAGUUAUGCUCGAAGCUGCACUUUUUGGUCAGAUUACUGAAGGGACUGCAUAUCAUUUUGAUGUGGGUUCUUAUACUCGUCGGAUACCACGUCCUCCUUCACCCACUCUAGCAGCACAACGCAUACUGCGAGAGCAGCAGGAUGAUGAGUAUCUUGCUUCACUACAAGCUGAUAAAGAGAAAGAAUUGAAGGCCAGGGAGGAAGCUGAAGCCCAUCGAUUAGAAGAGGAAGCUUCUAGAGCAGCUGCCCUUCAAGAAGAGAGACACAAAGAGGAAGAAGCUCACAUGAAAAUGCUACAAGAAGAGGAAUUUGAGAGACGGCUAUUUGCAAAAGAAGCUUCUCUUCCUCAGGAACCAGCUUCAGAUGAUGAUAAUGCUGUAACUCUUCUCGUCCGGAUGCCAGAUGGUAGUCGCCGUCGCCGUCGCUUUCUCAAGUCAGACAAGCUCCAGUCGCUUUUUGACUUCAUUGAUGUGGGUAGAGGUGUUAAACCUGGUACCUAUAAACUGGUGAGGCCUUAUCCACGGCGUGCUUUCAGUGAUGGUGAGAGUGAAUUAUCUCUGGGUGAACUAGGUUUAACCAGCAAACAAGAAGCCUUAUUUAUAGAAUUGAUUUAGGAAAGAUCAUUCUUCUACUUGUAAGUUGGAAAGAAAGGAAAAAGAGAGUACUAUUGAAAAACUCCACUGGAAUGACAGAGCAUGCAUGAUGUGUGUGAUCUUGGCUAGUGAUGUUAUUGUUGGAGUCUAUUAAAAUCCCAGAACUCCGCAAAACUUGCUUCUUCAUCUGAAGCUGAAAAUAGAAAAUUGUUGAACUUUUCCCAGCAACCCUAACUAUUCUUGAGCAUUCUGGGAUUGUGGGUAGGAUGAUUGUUUUAAUUGGUGGUGUUGAUUGGUUUAUAGAUUUGUAUAUGUACAACAAUAUUUGUUCUUCAUUUAAUCAUAUCAUAUUAAACUUAAACU